UUUGUACACUGUCACCGUGGGUGCAAUCGAUCGUACCAAUUCGCAUCCUUACUAUGCUGAAAAAUGUGCGGCCCUUUUAGUGUCUACAUAUAGCAGUGGAAGCGGAAGUUAUAUUUACACGACCGAUAUAGGUAAACGAAACUGUACCAAUUUACAUGGUGGAACAUCUGCUGCUGCACCAAUUGCAACGGGUGUUUUUUCUCUGGUUCUACAAAUUAGACCGGAUCUUACUUGGCGCGACAUACAAUACCUGACCUUAUUGAGUGCCGUGCCGUUCAAUUUAGAUGAGUCAGAAUGGGAGCGUACAAAAGCUGGUAGAUUAUUUAGUUAUAGAUGGGGUUAUGGAAAAUUAGAUGCAUAUAAUAUAAUUCAGAAUGCCAAAACAUAUAAGAAUCUUGGCCCUCAAGUUGACCUGGAAAUGCCAAUUGUGACUGUUAACAAGCCAAUACCAGAUGAUGACGUGGGAAUUCUAAGCAAGGUAGUUGUGACUCAAGAAUUAUUAGAUAAUGUAGGCUUAGGUAGACUUGAACAUAUUACCGUUACCAUAAACAUUAACCAUACGCGUAGAGGUGAUAUUGAGGUAGAUUUAAUAAGUCCAAACAAUAUCAAUUCGAUACUUGGUGCAACAAGGAAAUUCGAUGAACAUAACGAAGGACUAACCAACUGGACUUUCAUGACUUUGAAACAUUGGGAUGAACCACCUAUCGGUGAGUGGAUAAUUCAAGUGAGAGACAGGCAAAAUCCACAGCAUAGGGGUAUAUUCGUAGAUUGGUUGAUUAAAUUUUGGGGAGAAAGUGUGAAUACCACAUCACCUACCUCUAGCGUAGUCGUUAGUCCAACUAGUGCUCCAACUAUAUUACCAUCUGAAAGUUCAACGAUUUCAACUUCACCUACGUCGGAAUAUACCACAUCAAUAUCUUCUACUUUACCUGUAGUAAUAGCUACCCCUACGGAUGAAAAUUCCAAUUCUACGUCAGAAACGACGACUACUGAAUCGAAUGGUUGGAUUUUGACUGGGGUCGGAGUAUUAGUGACUUUUAUACUCUCUGGGAUGACAUACUUGGCAUGUGUUACAAAGAGAAAGUUCUGGAACAUUACUAACAGAAAAUUCAAGAAAUUCUUUUCACGAGAUACAUAUGAAUCCGUAUCGGGAGAUGCAAAUGGAGUGGAUGAUUCUAUUCCUCUUAACAGAAGUAACAAACAAUCUACGUCGGGAAAUAUGUUUGACACUUUUGGUGAUUCUUCUGAGGAAGAUGAUGUCGAAAGUACUCAUGUUGUAUUCGAGAGUUCUUACAUGGAUGAAGAUACAAAUGAAGAUGAAAAAGGCAAUGGCGACUCGAACAACGGUGAGACGGUUGAGCAUGGAGAGGAUGAUGGUAAUCCAGGCGGUUCAAGCAGCGAGGCGCUCCAACAAGGUGAGAAUAUUUAUAACAGAGACUGGAAUAUUUUGAUAUGA